AUUUAGUUCAGGUGAUAUUUCAUAUCAACAAUGUCAUAAUUCUUCUUUUCAACAAUGAACAUCUAGGCAACGUCGUAAAAACGAGUAAAGGCAAUUUGCCGCUCAAAAAUUGAUUCAAAUAAAUUGAAAAUGGAUUUGUCGAAGAUUCUUACGUGCAUAUGCCGUAUCCUUGUCUUAAUUGCAUAUUGUCAAGUAAAGUCACAAUACACAGCUUCAAAAGUACCGGCAACGACUAGAAUUACUCAAAUUACACACACUGAAGCCAGAAGAACGUCUCUACUACGAAAGAAACAAAUUAAGCAAAAUAUACAGAAACAUAAAAAAACAGGAUCCAAAAUUACGGGACCGAUAAUAAAAGAGUUUCCACUACAACCGCUAUUAGAAAUAGGAUUAACAUCAAAUGAAGCAAAUAAGUUUAUCCGAUCCAACUACAUCAAAGGUAAACCUUUGGAACAGCAGUAUGAAAAAACUCGAGAAGCGGACAUGAUAGCCAUCGAAAAUAAAAUUUUAAGAGACACCGAAAAAAUUAGGAAGAUGAUAAACGCUGCUAAACAGAAAAAGAAAAUCAGAAAAUAAAUUCUAAUUUUUUUUGA